GGCCAGUUGGGGUGAAUUCGAGGGGGAGCAUCGAAACCAAAUUAGGGUGUUUCGGCCCUGUGACCUAGUAUAAAUAGCUUGAUCGCAAUUUUUUUUCUCUGAGUAUGCGAACGCGCGGAGACAGUUGCAAAGCACUGUAAAUCUAGCCAGCUCUAAUUCGAAUCCUGAAAUUGAUGCUUGCCUUUUGAAGAAAUGGCCAAUAAUCCUCAAUCAUCUGGAACACAGCCACUUCGGCCGCCUGUAGUUGGUUCAGCUGGACCUCAAAAUUAUGGCCCUCCCAUGUCUAUGCAAUUUCGACCUGUAGUUCCAAUGCAACAACCACAGCCAUUUAUUCCAGCUGCUUCUCAACAGUUUCGCCCUGUGAGCCAAGGUAUUUCUGUAUCAAAUGUUGGAACACCUCCUGCUCAAGGUCAGCAACUCCAGUUCUCUCAACCAACACAACAGUUACCUCCAAGGCCUGGUCAGCCAGGUUCUGGCCCACCUUCAUCACAGGCAAUUCCAAUGCCUUAUCCUCAGCCAAACAGGUCUAUUUUAUCUGUGUCAUCACAGCCUCAGCAAAAUGCUCAACCUAUGUCUGGUAUAGGUGGCAUGGGCAUGCCUCUUUCAUCAUCAUAUACUUUUACAAUAUCGUCUUAUGGCCAGCCACAAAGUAACAUUAAUACCUCUACCCAGUACCAGCCGGCAUCGCAAAUUCAUGCACCUGUAGUACCAGCUGCAGGACAACCUUGGUUGUCAUCUGGAAGCCAGAGUGUACCUCUUGUUACACCUGUGCAGCAGAACAUUCAACAGCCUUCAAUUACAACUGCUCAAGUUCCGGUAACAACUGCUCAGCCAAGUCCUGCUCAACAGUCUUCAUCAGAUUGGCAGGAGCAUACUUCAGCUGAUGGUAGAAGAUAUUAUUACAAUAAGAAGACCCGUCAAUCUAGUUGGGAGAAGCCCGUAGAAUUAAUGACCCCUAUUGAGAGGGCAGAUGCAUCGACUGUCUGGAAGGAAUUUACAACUCCAGAAGGGAGGAAGUAUUACUACAACAAGGCAACUAAACAAUCCAAAUGGACAAUGCCUGACGAACUUAAGUUGGCACGUGAACAGGCUGAAAAGGCAGCUAGUCAGGGCAUACAAUCGGAGACUACCAUGGCCUCUCAAACCGCUUCUACUGUCACUGUAUCCUCAGUUGAAACACCAUCUGCUGCAGCUAAUCCACUUGGCGCUACAUCAGCUGUGACAUCCAUUGUAGCUUCAAGCCCGGUACCAGUGACACCUGUUGUUGCUGCUAUUAAUCCACUCCCUGUGGUGUCUUCUGGAUCACAAGCUGUUCCUGUUGUACCUGGUGCAGUAACAACGAGUGCAGUUGGGGUCAACUCUCCUGCGGCAGCUAUUGCUACCGUACCAGUUUCUGUUCCAGGCGGUGCUGGAGUUCCUGUUGCUUUUGCCAGUGCAAAUAAUACAGCAACGAAUAGUGCUGAGAAUGUGUCUACUCAAGAUGUUGCAGCUUCUGUGGAUGGAGCUUCUGCUCAGGAUUUGGAGGAAGCAAAGAAAGGGAUGGCUGUUGCAGGCAAAAUCAAUAUUACUCCAGUUGAGGAGAAAACAAUUGAUGAUGAACCUUUGGUAUAUGCGAAUAAGCUGGAGGCAAAAAAUGCUUUUAAAGCACUUUUGGAAUCUGCAAAUGUUGAAUCUGACUGGACUUGGGAGCAGGCCAUGAGGGUAAUAAUUAAUGACAAGAGAUAUGGUGCUUUGAAAACUCUUGGAGAACGGAAGCAAGCUUUUAAUGAGUACCUGGGCCAGAGAAAGAAACUGGAGGCAGAGGAGAGACGCAUGAAGCAGAAAAGAGCACGAGAAGAAUUCACAAAAAUGUUAGAAGAGUCCAAAGAGCUAACCUCAUCCACGAGAUGGAGCAAAGCCAUAUCCAUGUUUGAGGAUGAUGAACGAUUCAAAGCUGUUGAGCGACCUAGAGAUCGGGAAGAUCUUUUUGAAAACUAUCUGGUGGAACUUCAGAAAAAGGAACGAGCAAAAGCACAAGAGGAACAUAAACGAAACAUAAUGGAGUACAGACAAUUUCUGGAGUCGUGUGACUUUAUCAAGGCAAACAGUCAAUGGCGGAAAGUGCAAGAUCGAUUGGAGGAUGAUGAAAGAUGCUCCCGUCUUGAAAAAAUUGACCGACUGGAAAUUUUCCAGGAAUACAUACGCGACUUGGAGAAGGAAGAGGAAGAGCAGAGGAAGAUUCAGAAGGAACAACUUAGGCGAGCUGAAAGAAAAAACCGAGAUGAAUUCCGUAAGUUGAUGGAAGAACAUGUAACUGCUGGGACACUUACUGCCAAAACUCAUUGGCGUGACUAUUGCAUGAAGGUCAAGGAUUUGCCUGCUUAUGUGGCAGUGUCCUCAAACACAUCUGGAUCAACACCAAAAGAUUUAUUUGAAGAUGUUUCAGAAGAACUGGAGAAACAGUAUCAUGAUGACAAGACUCGAAUAAAGGAUGCAAUAAAGUUGGGAAAGAUUAGUAUGGCAUCAACUUGGACGAUUGAAGACUUUAAAGCAGCUAUAGCUGAGCAUGUUGGUUCCCCAUCAAUAUCAGAUAUCAACUUUAAGCUUGUGUUUGACGAGCUACUGGAAAGGAUCAAGGAGAAAGAGGAAAAGGAAGCUAAAAAGCGUCAACGUUUGGCUGAUGAUUUUUCUGAACUACUACACUCCAUUAAGGAAAUUACUGCAUCCUCUAAAUGGGAAGAGUCCAAACCACUAUUUGAGGAUAGCCAAGAGUAUAGAUCCAUUUCGGAUGAGAAUUUUAGAAGGGAGAUCUUUGAGGAGUAUAUCAUACACUUGCAAGGGAAGGCAAAAGAGAAGGAGCGGAAGCGUGAGGAGGAAAAGGUCAAAAAAGAAAAGGAAAGAGAGGAGAAAGAAAAGCGGAAAGAAAAAGAAAGAAAGGAAAAAGAGAAAGAACGUGAGAGAGAAAAAGGAAAAGAGAGAUCUAAAAAGGAUGAUACAGAGAAUGAAAACAUUGAUGUAACUGACAUUCAUGUCUCCAAAGAGGACAAGAAAAGGGAGAAAGACAAGGACCGGGACAAGGACAGGGAUAAAGACAAAGACAGGAAACAUCGUAAACGCCACCAUAGUACAGCAGAUGAUGUGAGCUCUGAAAAGGAUGAGAAAGAGGAUUCAAAGAAGUCCCGUAGACAUAACAGUGACCGCAAAAAAUCAAGGAAGCAUGCAUACACACCUGAAUCAGAUAGUGAAAGCAGGCAUAAGAGACAUAAAAGGGACCACCGGGAUGGUUCCCGUAGAAAUGGUGCUUAUGAGGAGCUUGAAGAUGGGGAACUUGGAGAGGAUGGGGAAAUCCGGUAGUUCCCUUUGUCCUAUCCGUUACUGAUUCCUUUUUCUGCUUUUGUUUUUUCCUUUUCUUCCCAUCUUUCUCCACUCAAAAAUAUUAAUAUUAACAGUUUACUUGAUUACAUUUGGUAGAUAUCAUGAUCAGUAUAUAUAUGUUUUUCAUACAUCCAUAUAGUUGCUUUUUUAAUUGGCCAUGCUUCCAAAAUUCCUUUUA